AUACGAAAUAGAAUAGAAUUGAGCCGCCACAUUCACACAUUGGAGAGGAACUCAUGCAUUAACUUUAAACAAAACUGCCUUAAUUAUUAGUCACCCCACCUGCCCAGCAGAGCGUAUCUCCCUAAAACCGGCGAAUCUAUUCACUGUAUUAUUGUUUGCUCGCAUGUUCGCCGGCCCGUCCGCUUUUACCGCGUUCUUACUCACGUAUUUUGAAUGGAUCUUACAUUUUACAUAUUAAACCGAAAAUGAAGUGCAAAAAAGUGGCGAGUGCUAAAGUUCUCUUCGGUUGCUUCAACACCAUAUUCUUCGCGUGCGGAUUCGUGGAAGUAGUAUGCGGGUUCCUGCUGCUAGUGGACUCGCGGCGCGUGCUGCUGUCGCGGCUGCUGGCGGCACCGGACGGGCCGCUGGCGGAGGCGCCGCUGCACUACGCCGCGCUGGCACUGCUCGCCGCCGGCCUGGCCGUGUGCGCCGCCGCCGCGCUCGGCUGCUGGGCCACCUACAUGCCGUCAUAUGUCAUACUCACAUUUUAUUUCCUGAUGGUGCUAGCACUGCUGGUGUGCUCGUGCCUGGGCGGGGUGACGGCGGCGGCGUGGCCGCGCUGCGCCGGGCUGCAGAGCGCGCGCGGCGGCGCCGUCGGCGCGCUGCAGACGUACUACGCCGUGCCCGACUACGAGCACUUCACUGCGGCGCUCGACCUCGCUCAGACCGAGCUGCAGUGUUGCGGCAUGACGGACGCGCGGAACUACGACCUGUCGGUGUGGCAGCUGCGGCGGCUGGGCCCGCGCGGCAUGGCCGUCCCGCCGAGCUGCUGCGUGCAGGCACCGCCCGCGUCCCACCUCAACCCCGCGCCACGCGACGCCGAGCGCUGCCAGGAGGCCGCGCCUAUAGCACAGUUCAGACACGUGGUGGGAUGCUUGGGAAAAAUAGAAGACUGGUAUCAGCAGCAGUUCAUCAUAUUUAUGCUGAGCCUGUUCGUCGUCGCUCUCCUCAAGCUCGCCAUCCUGCUCAUCACCAUAUUCUCCUGCAUCAGACUUCGGAAGCACAGGCAGGAGAUGCACUCGUUUAUAAUGAAGUCCAUCGACAACAAGACUAAUGAGAACAUCUACGACACGAAGAUGGGCUCGAUGCGCGUCGAGCCAAUAAUGGCGAAGUACAUCCAACCCAAUAACUUCUACAGCCCCCGCGUGCGAAACCCGAGGAUAUUCCACAGCAAGCCCAACGAGAUGGUAUGAGAAUUAGCCGCGGAGAUAAAUGCUUUAGAGAGGAAACUGGACAAGUUCUCAGACUACUUGUGCAAGCACGAAGCAGAUUCAAUUAUGUGGUGACUUGGGACGUGCCCUUCAAGUACCGUUUUAUUUUUCUUUACAAGAAAGGAGAAUACAUACUUACACGCUUCGAAUUCUGAAAAAUUUAUAAAUUUUUACAUUACUAGCAAUUUUAAACCGAUGUGGCGUCGCUAAAUAGUACGCCGUCUCGAUCAACAGUCACAUCACUAGACUUAUAACAAAACUCUAACAGUCACAUCGUCCACCAAGUAAUAGGAUUUGUAAAUUAAUCUGUAUAGUAAUGAAAUGAAGACUGUUUUUAUCCUCGUAAAUUUGAUUUAGUUUUAUGCCAUUUUGUAUUUUAAUAUUAUUAACCGACAAACACAAUGUGCCAUAGAUUAUAUUUGUAUUGUCUACCUUCUUAAAGCAUUUUCUCCGUGCUCAUAAUUUAUGUUAAUUUAAGUAUUACUUUUUAUAAGAGCCUUGGCCAUUUAAGUAAGUAGGUUCCUCUGUUCUCGGAGAAAAAUAAAAGUCUUGUAUCAAUAUGCAAUAUUAUUUUCAAAAGAACAUUCAAAAAUUGGUCCUAAAGUUAAAACAUUGUUAACAAUGGCUCUGGAAUGUUGUUAUCAUUCAAAAUUGGUUCUAUAGCUGUAUUUCGUGUGUCGAGUUGCAGAGAGCAGACGUCCCACUCCCUAUGAAAGUGGAAUUGUUACUAUUAUACAACUUAUAUCGAUACUUUGAUGCCGCAUAAUAUUAACAUAUUAUGAUAGUUUCACGAGUGACAAAAUUAUAUAAAUAAAAAUAUAUGGAAUAAUAAGAAUGUCAUGAGUUCAUUAAAUUAUUAUAAAAACCAA